UUCAAAACUCUUUUAUUUUAAUUGAUAAAAUAUUGUGAAAUUUAAAAAUUGUUAAAUAUUCUCUUAAAAUAAUAUUAUGUUACUCAAUAAAUGGAAAUUAAUUAUAAUUUUUAUUCAAACAAUCAACCAAUCGAUUUGUGUUGAUCUAAAUAAUAUCACAGAAAAAGACGUAGAUAAACUUCAAAUGGAAUACCGAGAUAUGAAUUAUGUUAUUUUUGUAAAACAUCCUUAUUAUAUAAAAUCACACGAUGAAGAAAACUUUUGUCCAGUACCUUACAGUCACGUAGUAGAUUAUGCUGAAAUUUCUUAUGAAGGUAUAGAAUUAAUAGAUAGAAGUUUGAUGAUUGUGGUUUAUAACUGUGUGGCAGAAAAAAAAUAUAAAUUGGCUUAUAUGAUUUUUUUGAACGCUAUUGAAAGUAUGGCCUUUACAUAUAUGUAUCGGUUCUGCGAAUUUGCUAUAGAAAUGAAUAAAAGAUGUGCUGAAAUAUCAUUUUACUUAAAAGUAUUUAGUGAUAAACUUACUGAACUUAUACCGAUAAUUAAUAGAGAAUGGAUUUCUCCUGAACCGUAUGAAUGUAUUUUAGAUGUUUACGAAAAUCACAAAUCUGAGAAAUACAAAUUUAAUGAAGAAAACGAAAAUUAUAGAAAUGAUUUAUUAGGCUGUAUGAAUUUAAUGAAAGAUAAAGUAAACUUUUUAAGAGAAGCUAAAAAUGAAACAAUAAAUGAAAUGACUAUAAGCAAAUUAGAUCGCUACCAUAAUAUGAAUUAUCAAGUAAUAAAUUAUCGAUUGACUUUAAAAAAAUAUUCUCCUGCUUUGAAACAUAUAACUGGAGAUAAAAACCAAACUUCAUGUAUUAUAUGUAAGACAGAACACAGUGGUAAUAUUUGGGAUAUUUACUUUUUUUCACCGUGGGCCAUGGCUGGUGCUGCGAUUUGUGUGCUGGCAAUAUUAAAGCAUGUCCUGUAUGUAAUAAAUUGAUAAGAAGUACUCAAUAUCUACUAAUAAAACCAUCUGUGUCAAUAGUUAACAAAGUGUAUGAGCGAUUACCGCCAAGAUGUAUCUUAGAUGGACGAGGAGCGCGUUGUGUAAGGUGCUGCAGUCAUAUUAUAGAUGAAGAUGAUCAUUCAAACAGACACAUAAUGAUACCAUGUGGUCAUGGUUGGUAUUGUGAAAAUUGCAUUUGGGAAGAUAAGUGUUCAAUAUGUUCCAAGAAAACAAAAAAAAAAUUAUGUGUAAUAUUGAAAAAACAAUGAAUAAAUCUAUUAAUGUUAUUUCUUUAA